AUGGAGCACGGAGGUGGAGAAGGAGGUGAGAUGAACAAACUACCUCAGAGUUCAAGAAUGAAGGAGAUGCAACAAGGGGAGGCACAACCUCAGGUUCAGGCCCCUCAACAACCCCAAAAGUGUCCUCGAUGCGACUCUCUCAACACCAAAUUUUGCUAUUACAACAACUACAGCUUGUCACAGCCUCGUUACUUUUGUAAAACAUGCAGAAGGUACUGGACUCAAGGUGGAACCUUAAGGAACGUUCCCGUUGGGGGUGGUUGCCGCAAGGGUAAGCGCGCCAAGAAUUCCAAUCCAUCACCAUCGGACAAUUCAUCUUCCCGGUCGCUGCAGCAACAACAACAAUCACAAGACGUGGUGGUUCAAAACCAACCACCACCUUUGACAACGGUGGUGAGGGCUAAAGACCCUUCUUCAAUUGUGGCUUCACCUUUCUACCAAAGUGGUGGGUACUUGUCUUCUUUGGCUGCUAUGCAUUCGCUCAAUCCGUCAUCACACCCUUUUGGUCAGUCUCUUAAUAGUGACGCCUUGCGUUCUUCCAAUUUGGGCCUUCUAUCUGGUUUCAAUAUUCAGCGGCCAAUUGGACCAAUAGGGACAAUUCGUCCACCGCAAUUGUAUCAAGUGGGGAGUGGUCAAAGGGAAGUGGUGUCUAUCUAUGAUCAAGGUUUGGUUAAUCCAUCAUCCAGCAUGGCUAAUACUAGUACUAAUAGCAGUGGUGUUUCUCAUCAUAAUUGGCCUCACACCUUCAUCAAUAAUAAUACUAAUGCUAGUAGUAGAGCCUCUGAUGCUUCUUUGUGGAGCACCAUCAGUACCACUAUUGGUGGUAACUCUGAGAGGACAAGUCCUGGUGCUGGUACUGUUUCUGGGUCGUCUUUGGUCCAAAAUCAAUGGUCUGAUAUUCCAGGGUAUGGCCCUCCACCGUGA